AUGGGUAUCGAUCACACCACCAAACAACACAAGAGAUCUGGUCACAGAACUGCUCCAAAGUCCGACAACAUCUACUUAAAGCAAUUAGUUAAGUUAUACUCUUUCUUAGCUCGUCGUACUGAUGCCCCAUUCAACAAGGUCGUCUUAAGAUCUUUAUUCUUAUCCAAGAUCAACAGACCACCAGUUUCCGUUUCUAGAAUCGCUAGAGGUUUGAAACAAGAAGGUGCUGCUAACAAGACUGUUGUUGUUGUUGGUACUGUCACUGACGACGCCAGAAUCUUUGACUUCCCAAAGACCACUGUUGCUGCUUUGAGAUUCACUGCUGGUGCUCGUGCUAGAAUUGUUAAGGCUGGUGGUGAAUGUAUCACUUUAGAUCAAUUGGCUGUUAGAGCUCCAAAGGGUCAAAACACCUUGAUCUUGAGAGGUCCAAGAAACUCCAGAGAAGCUGUUAGACACUUCGGUAUGGGUCCACACAAGGGUAAGGCCCCAAGAAUUUUAUCUACCAACGGUAAGUUCGAAAGAAGUAGAGGUAGACGUAGAUCUAAGGGUUUCAAGGUGUAA